CUCCCGCAGUGUGCGAGGUCCGGUGUGAGACGUUGGAGCUCCGAGCGGAGCUGUCCCAGCAGCCUGGUGCCUGUCCCUGCUGCCACCAUGGGGCCGUGCCCCCCGGCCGAGGAGGGCCCCGUGGCUGUCGUGGUGCGUGUGCGGCCCCUGGCCCGCAGUGAGCGGGCGCUGCCCCCGGCCGUGCGCGUCGUUAACCAGCACGGCAUCGUCCUCAGCCCCGCGGAGCCCGCGCGGGGGCCCAAGGGCAAGGACCUGGAGUUUGUCUUUGACCGGGUCUUUGGGGAAGAGGCCACGCAGGAGGAGGUGUUCCAGCACAGCGCCUCCGGGCUGCUGGACAGCGUCCUCGAGGGCUCCAACUGCUCUGUGUUUGCCUAUGGUGCGACCGGAGCAGGGAAAACCCACACCAUGCUGGGCUCGGAGCACAGCCCUGGCAUCAUGUACUUGACUAUGGUGGAGCUGUACAAGAGGAUGGAGGCCAGAAAGCAGAGCUGUGAGGUCCUAGUCUGCUACCAGGAGGUGUACAACGAACAGAUCUAUGACCUGCUGGAGCCCAAGGGACCUCUAGCUAUCCGGGAGGAUCCUGAGCGAGGAGCUGUGGUUCAGGGCCUCUCCUUCCACCAGCCGGCAUCAGCAGAGCAGCUCCUGGAGAUGCUGGCCAACGGCAACAGGAACCGGACGCAGCAUCCCACUGAUGCCAACGCUGUCUCCUCCCGCUCUCAUGCCAUCUUCCAGAUCCACGUGAAGCAGCAGGACUGCCCUGGCAGCCUCCGUCGGGGGCUGAAGGUGGCCAAGAUGAGCCUGGUUGACCUGGCAGGCUCAGAGCGAGCGUCGGUCGCCAACACCAGGGGAGAGCGGCUGCGGGAGGGGGCCAACAUCAACCGCUCGCUGCUGGCCCUCAUCAACGUCAUCAACGCCUUGGCUGAUGCAAAGGGCAAGAAAAGCCACAUCCCAUACCGGGACAGCAAGCUGACACGCCUGCUGAAGGACUGCCUGGGGGGCAACUGCCGCAGCGUCAUGGUGGCAGCAGUGAGCCCCUCGGUGCUGGCCUAUGAGGACACCUACAACACCCUCAAGUAUGCCAGCAGGGCCAAGGAGAUCAAGCUGUCGCUGAAGAGCAACACGCACAGCUCUGACUCCCAUGUCUGUGAAUAUGUGGAGAUGUGUGAGCGGCUGAGAGGGGAGGUGGCAGAGCUGAGGGCAAAGCUUCGUGGCUAUGAGGAUGCUGCCCGUGAGGCGGAGAACCAGGCAGCAGGGCCACAGGCUCCGUCCAGCGAGAGCCCAGGGGAGCUGCCCAGGUUGGAGGAUGGAGAGCAGCAGGAGCUGCAGGCUGGUUUGCCUGUUCAAACGCAGCUGGAAUUGAAGGAGGAGGCUCCAGAGGAAAUGCCUACCAGCAGCCCUAGAGCAUCCCAUCGGGCAGGUCUGCGGCUGGGACUGAAGCAGCCAAGGCUUGGAGGAAGCAGCGCUCUGCAGGGGCUGUCCGGCCGCCGCACAGAGAAGCCUGUGGCCUCUGGCCUGAGCGGCAUCUGGAAGAUCUACUCUGUUCUGAAGGCUGCCAACCUGCUCACUCCUGCCUUGGAGUCUGUGCUGCAGGAACUGGCCCAGCUGGUCCCUCAGGACACUGGUGGGAGCCCUGAGCAAGCUGGGCCCCUGAGCAGGUCUGCAGAGCUCAGCGGGGCCACUGCAGCCAAGAGGAUGAAGUGGAGCUGGGAUGAUGAGGCAUCUGUCCCCGUGUGCGGCGCCCCUGCCAUGAGUUCCACCCCGCAGGGCUUGCGGGAGCCUGCUCCAUUCUCCAGCCGUGUGCCCCUGGCUUCGAGCAAGACUGGGAGGAGGAAGUCUGGGCUGGGCAGUGCUUCCCGGUCGGGACCUCGCCGCUGCAUCAAGGGGGAGAUGCAAGGCCAGCAGGGAUGUGGGAAGGCAGCGGAGAUUCCCAGCCCACAGAGCCCAGGCACCCCCUGGCUGGAAUCCGCAGCUCCAGCAUCCCCUGGCUCCCCGGUGCCACUGGGUUACAGCCCCGAAUCCUGCCCAGAACCCGUCCCCCAGAGCCGUGUGCCCCUGCCUGUGUCAGCUACCCCGAACCAGUGCUCCCCUCCUGCCCAUGAGCUCAAUGUGACCUUUGAGCUCUGCCCGCACAGCAGAUCCCCCAGCGCCAUCCUGCCCGUUCCCGUCCCCCUGUCGGAAUGCUGGGACUGGGAGAAGAGGCAGUGCCAGCAACCGGAGCAGGAGAGCCCCUUCCUGCCUGAAGCCCCCAUCCCAGCGCUGGCCAUGAAGAGCUCCUCCAUCCCCAAAGCCCCUGCGCUGAAGCGGAGCCGAGUGCAGAGCGUCGCCUUCCCCUGCCCGGGUGGGCUCCAGAGCUGCACUGCCCAACUGCAGCGCAGCAGCAAGAGCUGUGUGCAGCCCUCCCGCAUCCCAGAGCCUCGUUGCAGGAGCAGCACCAGGAAGGGCAGGAAGAGGAGGCCCAAAGAACUCACCCCUGCCCCCUGCCCGCACCCCCAGCCAAUGAGGCUCUUGCACUGGUGGCUCCUGGAUCCCUCCCCAUGGCCCUAUCAAAGUUACUGGAUUUAUGUGUCCGUGUCCCCUUUGCCUGAUUCCAGCCUGGAAGCUUCCAAUUAA